CUCUCCAAUCACAUGAAUGCAAUCACGUGCACAUAUCUAAAGUUUAUGAAAUGGAUUUUUUAAAGAAAAAAAUUAGCAAAACGGUCAGCAAGCGUAUAUAUAAAUAAUUUGGCUGAGUUUCUCCAACAUGUGUAAAAUCAAACGUAUUCCUGGUGUCGGGACAGACCCUGAAUUGUGAAUGCCAAUUAAGUUCAGGUGGGAAGCGCUUUCAACACGCUUUAUACAUGUAUUUACAUAUAUAUUGGACUACUAAGAAUGAGUAUGGUAAUUCUAUAUGACAAUCUAUUGUAUUCUUGAGUAUGGUAAUUCUAUACGAUAGUCUAUUGUAUUCUUGGUGUCAAUGAUUUGCAACAAGAUCGGUAUACCAAACAUUGAUACGGCAAUGAAGAAGGUUUAAUAACAGAUAAAGACGAUGGAACUCGCAUAAAACAGUAAUAUAAAAUCAGAAAUUGAGUUCUGUGGACGCUUAACAACACAUUCAUUGUCAAUAUAGAGAAGGAAAAAUGAACGUAAGCAUUCUUCUGUUGUAUGUGAUUUCUUCGAAUAUUUUGGUCGUCAACCGUUCGUCUCCUGCAACAUGGCUAUGUCAGGAGAACUUCUGCUACUCGCUGUUCACAGAGUAUGGCGGAGUCUCUUUCAGAGCUGCAAAUGAAAAGUGUCAAGAGAGCAACUCACAUUUGGUUAGCAUUCAUAGCGAGCAGGAGAGCCAGCUGGUGGAAAAUAUAAGGACAGAGGUGGUGGGAAUGCCCGUCUGGCUGGGGAUGGAGAGGUUCCUGAAUCAGCAGACCUGGGUCGAUGGGACCCCCGUGGAUUUCCUCCCCAGUGAGUGGGACUACCACUCCGCCCAAAACCCCUACACGUGUAUCUAUAGCAGUGGCGACUGGUACGAGGGAAAGUGUGACAACAACUUGUACUUUAUUUGUAAACGGAAAGUUAAAAUGGUGACAGAAAUAUCGGAUGUCUGGAGUACCACUGACAUUGUAGCGUUAUCAAAGUCCGAUAAUACCAUUCAGUCUUCGCACACUUCCUGGGAUGACGACAAAACCAAAUUGCCAGAUAUGACAUCAACACUUGGUACCUCAGUAGACCCAUUCACUUCAUCACAAGGCAGUAGUUAUCUAGAUCAGCAGUACGUUACACGAGAGUUUGAGGAAAAGCUAAAAGGUUUAAGGAUCAAAAAGAGGAAGAUCAGUACCAAAGAGGCGCCUGGAGGCCAGGCUAUUGGGGCGGUCGCCAUUUUGAUUUUGUCGCUGAUGUUUGCUGGUGUCAUUUUGCUGGAUUUGAACACAUUUCAGCAGAACUGGAGGAUGUUCCGAAUUAAUGUGUCUCAAAUGCGAGAUUAAUAGCUAGAGUUACUACAUGUAGAAAGUACAACGCUC